UGAAGGCGUAUGUCUUGUCAAUUUUAAGUAUUACAAAUAAUAAAUUUAUAAACAAAAUUAAAACUUAAAUAUAAACUUAAUCAAUCAACAAAACAUCUUAACAAAAUAUUGAUUUAGAAUGUAAAUACAACGGAAAUCAAUUAGCCAACAUCAUUGUCUUUAUAACACCUUCAAUAACAAUUCAAUAAUAAUGGCCCAAGGUGCAGUUUUAAGUUCUGACAUUUCACGACGAAAUCCACAAGAUGAAUACGAGUUAAUUCAACGUAUUGGAAGUGGAACCUAUGGCGAUGUCUAUAAGGCCAAACGAUUGUCAUCCAAUGAUUUAGCUGCGAUUAAAGUAAUUAAACUGGAGCCAGGCGAUGAUUUUCAAAUAAUUCAGCAAGAAAUUUUAAUGAUGCGAGAUUGUCGACAUCCAAAUAUAAUCGCAUAUUAUGGUAGUUAUUUACGACGUGAUAAAUUAUGGAUUUGUAUGGAAUAUUGUGGUGGGGGUUCCUUACAGGAUAUCUAUCAUAUUACUGGACCGUUAAAUGAAAAUCAAAUCGCGUACAUGUGUCGAGAAACGCUUGUUGGACUCGCAUAUCUUCAUAGUAUGGGUAAAAUGCAUAGAGAUAUUAAAGGAGCGAAUAUUUUACUAACCGAUUGUGGUGAUGUAAAAUUAGCUGAUUUUGGUGUAUCAGCACAAAUAACAGCAACAAUAAAUAAACGUAAAUCAUUUAUUGGUACACCAUAUUGGAUGGCACCUGAAGUGGCUGCAGUGGAACGUAAAGGUGGUUACAAUCAACUCUGUGAUAUUUGGGCAUGCGGUAUAACAGCUAUUGAAUUAGCUGAAUUACAACCGCCAAUGUUUGAUUUACAUCCGAUGCGAGCGUUGUUUUUAAUGUCGAAGAGUGGUUUUAAACCACCGACGUUAAAGGAUCGUGAUAAAUGGAGUCCAACAUUUCAUAAUUUUUUAAAGUAUGCCCUGACCAAAAACCCAAAGAAACGACCAAAUGCAGAGAAAUUAUUACAGCAUCAAUUUUUUCAAACUAACAUGAGCAAACAAUUAGCUUUGGAAUUGUUAUUAAAAGUUAAUAAUCCACCACAAUCGUAUACGGAACUGGAACCAGAUGACGAUGGGGCAAUUCCAAAUGUUCCGCAUAGGAUUGCAUCACGUAUGACUGCCAAAUCAAAACCAAAAACUAAUAUUCCAUUAAAUAGUCAUCUAGAAGGAAUUGAAAAUGUAGAAAUACCAUCAGUACCGACAACAGAUAUUUCAAAGUCAACAAAUGAAGAUGAAUCCAGAGCAUGGGAUAUUAUGGAUAUUAUGAAUAAUGUUAAAACGGCACAUUCAUGCGUGAAACAUCAACCAUGUGGAUCCUACAAUACAAUGGAUCAAGAAAAAUGGAAUUACAAUAGAAAUUCACAAUCGGCAUUAACCGGAGAAGAUAUUCUAAAUAUGCCUUUAAGGAGUUUAUUGCAGUACAUUGAUGAAGAAUUAAUUUUAAGGAAUGAAACGUUACGAUACCAAACAGCUGAAUCGUAUUCACAUCAAGCAACAUUACCAAUGGCUGCCGAUUCGGAUAUUAAAAAUUCAAUAAUACAUAAAGAUAUUUAUGUACAAUCAGUUGACGAUACUAAAAAUUUAAAUCAAAUAACAAAGGCGUUAGAUACGAUUGGUGCGGGGAACAGUAGCACCAGUGGAGCAGGAGGAGCUAUACAAAAUUCACCUAGACGACAUUCAUCUGUUGAUGAAAUAUUUGGCUUAAUUAGUUCUUUGAAUAUCAAUGGACAACGUCAACGAUCACUCAGUGAUAGUGAACGACGGAAAGAAGUUAAUGGUGAUGAAAAAACAUCAGUAUCGACGACAGGGGUAGCUGGCACACCACCUGAUUUAGUAACAUGUCCUGUAGUCCCACCUAGAAAACACCGUAGGAGACAUACACCCCCACGGCCUAUAAGUAAUGGUCUACCUCCUACACCUAAAGUUCAUAUGGGAGCAUGUUUUUCAAAGGUAUUUAAUGGUUCACCCCUACGAAUACAUUGUACAGUAUCCUGGAUUCAUCCAGAAACACGUGAUCAACAUAUAUUAAUUGGAGCAGAGGAGGGUAUUUAUAAUUUAAAUUUAAAUGAAUUGCAUGAAACUGCAAUUGAUCAAAUGUAUCCAAGACGAACUGUUUGGAUGUACGUAAUUAAGGAUGUUCUUAUGAGUUUAUCAGGAAAAACACCACAAUUAUAUCGUCACGAUUUAUUAGCAUUACAAAAUAAACAAUUACAUAGAUUUAGUUUACAUAUGAAUAAAAUACCAGAAAAAUUAGUACCAAGAAAGUUUGCAUUAACAACAAAAGUUCCUGAUACCAAAGGUUGUAUAAAAUGUUGUGUAGCUAGGAAUCCGUACAACGGUUACAAAUAUUUAUGUGGUGCAAUGCAAAAUGGUAUCUUUCUUAUGCAAUGGUACGAUCCACUUAAUAAGUUUAUGUUAUUGAAGUAUUCAGAAUAUAUGUUACCGUCUCCCUUAAAUGUAUUCGAAAUGAUAAUAACACCAGAACAAGAGUAUCCAAUGGUUUGUGUAUCGGUCAAGCAGGAAUACCAUUCUGACAAACUUAAAUUGGAUUUAAUCAAUAUGAAUACAGGAGCAAAUUGGUUUCAUUCGGAUGAAUUAGAUGAAAUGGAUGGAUCUGCUACGGUGAUACCACGACGUGAGAAUAUCAAUGUAAUAUGUGCAAGUCAAAUUGAUAAAGAUUCAAUUCUAGUCUGUUAUCAGAAUAUUGUUAAAAUUGUAACGCCACAAGGGAAACCAAAAUUUAAUAAAAAAUUAGUGUCAGAAUUAAUAUUUGAUUUUGAUAUAUUAAGUCUAGUAUGUUUACCAGAUAGUGUGCUAGCAUUUCAUAAGAAUGGUAUGCAAGGUAGAUCACUUAAAAAUGGUGAAAUUACUCAAGAAAUUACUGAUUACUCGAGAACAUAUAGACUGUUAGGCAGUGACAAAGUUGUGAUGUUAGAGAGUCACGUGAUUAAGACUGGAACAUUAUCAAAUGAUUUAUAUAUAUUAGCUGGACACGAAGCGAGUUACUAAAAUAAAACAGAAAAUAGAGAAAAAAAACAAAAACAUUUUUAAUUUUUAAAAUAAAUACGUGUGUGAUAUUUUAUUUUUUUUUUUAUUUGAUUCAAAAAAUAAAAAAAACGAAACGCAAAACGAAAACAUUUACAUAUGUAAAGUUUAAUUGUUUAUUUGUUUUUGUGAUGUUUGAUGCAAGCCACAGAGUAAAAAUAAAAAUCUACUAAAAAGGAUCCAUCGUCCCUCGUCCAUCGUCGUCUGUGCAUGGAUGUUAAAUAAAUAAAUAAAAAAAAAAACUUAAUAAAUUAUAUUUUAAAAAUUUUAACGAUCAAACCAUCAAAUGGAGCUGAUUUUGGGUUAUUUUUUUUUGGUUGUAUUUAUACAGACAAGAUAAGUUGAUAUUUUUAUUUUUAUUGCGCUCUCAAUAGAAUUUAUUAUUGUAUUUUAUUACAAAUAAAUUUGAGUUUUCUUCUCAUAUUCGUGCCUCCGCUUACUAUUAUAUUCUAUUUUUCUAGCCAAUGUGUAAUUCCCUAUAGCCGAAAGUACAUACAACUCGAUUUAAAAAAAAAAAACUAAACUUGAGUUCCAAGACACAGGCAGACGGACAAAUGAAAAUGAACUAAUUAGGUGAUUUUAUGAACACCUAUACCAAAAUUUUGUUUGCAGCAUCAAUAUUUCGAAGCGUUACAAACUUGGGACUAAACUUAAUAUACAUUUCGUAUUUAAAUGGAAUUUUCUUUUGCUUCAUGUUUCGGAAUAACAUUUUUAUUUAUUAAAAAUUGAGUUUUCCAUAAAUUAUUGUAAACUACAGGGUCUUUCAAGAAGAGGUGUAAUUUAAAAUUUAAAAAAAAAAAUCACAAUAUUUUUGUGAAAAGAGCUGAUAAUUUUAUUUAAAUCCAAAGUACAAAACUCUGAGAUUAGUAAUGGAACACAAUAUCUGCCAAAUAUCCACCGUGGUUCUUCUUGCAUAUGGUCAUUCUUUUGAUUAAAUGUUUCAUCACAUUUUCGAAUAUUUCGCAAACUGGCAAUCGUUGUGGAUGGAGAGGUUGUUCGACCAUUUCCCAGAAUAAUUUCUUCUAGGAUUUGAUGAAAUAUUUCAUCAGUAGAAUGGCCGUACGGCAUUUAAUAAAACCUAAGAACCUAAGAUAUAUAUUUGUUUACAUUACUUAUAAAUUAUUAUAUUUAUUAUUAUCAAAGAAGUAUAACAUCUUACGC